GCAAGCGCAAAAAGGUAAAGAGUAAGUAUCCACUCCGGGGGUGGAGAAGCACGUUGCAUGUAUGCUGUAUUCUUAACCAAGUAGUAGAAAAGAAUCUGACCUCGAAUCCCACACUGAGUCUGAUCGUGCGGUGUGCGCAAUGUCACGGCAAAUGUCGGUGGCUCGGAGAAAGAACAAAUCGAGUACUGGUAGCGGACUGAUGCAGAGAGGACCGACUCGAAGACUUGCUACCGCGUGUGCGGCGACUGCGCUGGCAGCCACCUCUGUGCUGGGAAGUAGAAGUGCGGGAGAAAGCAGUACUAGUCCGGAACAGGAACGACCUCGUCACGAUCCAGCGGCUGCCACGACCGCAGCAGAGAACGAGAGUUCAUGCUCCUCUGUGGAAGUUGACGAAGACAAUCAGCGCGAACUCGCGGCUGACCGCAGUUCUUCACCCUCAUCUCCGCCUGGAUAUGGGGGCUCAACUUCUUCGUCAACGAACCCCCAUCAAGCCCCCAGUUCUUCAGGCAGGCUGAAAGUGCCGAAGUUUUCCUCGCAGAAUUUGCGAGCGUCGUCUUCCACUUCCUCGCUGUUCUUGCAGAUGGGUUCUGACGGGGCCGCCGGAGAGGCGAACACAAAGAACUCAGAUGGUAAAAAUUCGAAGGAACCGCAUUACGAUCCGGCGCACAUCCACACGGACUUGGAGAAGCGGCUGGGGCACUCUUUGGGAUACGUGUUGAGGAAAAAGUCCGCGCGGCCAGACGACUACUACUUUUUCGAACAGCACGAGGCGAAGCACAUCCACCCACCGCACGAUCCGACGGACCGGGGGCACCAGCCGGUGAGCGGGAGGAUCCGGACGCACGGCUACGUGCCGUUCAUGACCCACGUCGACGAAGAAACGCAUUCCAUGCUGCAGCUCGCGGAAGUAUUCACAGAAAAAAACGCAUCCACAUCCAUUUUUUGCAUAGCAAACAGAUGACUUGAUACGUGUUCUGCAUGACAAAUUGGAUGUGGAUGGGUUUUUUUCUGUGGAUAGGAAGACGACACCGAAAUCCACGAGCGACCCUACCACUACGCGCCCUCAGCUAGCUCCCUGCGGAAACUGGACGCGCACCAUGAGGAAGUAAGGAUGGUUUUCUCGCAUGUGUAUUUUUUGGUCCUCGUUUCGCUUUCAUUCGCCCGCGCGCGUGCUGCGGCUGUUCUUCCUGACACAUCAAUCAAGUAGAGCUUGUGAGGUAGCACGACGAAGAUGAACAUGAAUCAGAGUCGCUUCCACGCCCGGAAUCAAAUUUCCAUCGUAGGUGCGCGCCAUGGUGCUCACGAAGAAAGACGCUGGGGAAAACACCGCGACCGCAGAGAACGUGCCACAGAGCACGCUACCAGAGCAGCCAAGAACGAGUGACGCAGUAGAAGAGCAGCGUCCGAAACAGUUCGGCAAGAAGAAGAAUCUUCGUCCUCAGCGUACAACAGGAAGUUCCUGGAUGCAGCAAACGCUGCAAAGUUCGUUUCCGAGUGCCCUUUCCGCGCAGGAGCCGCGGGAUAGCAAGAUUCAGAAGACGGUCACGGAGCAGGAAAUCAACGUACAGGUGGACGGUAUGUUCGCCGACAGUAGUACUACUAACGCAUAUUACUCGUCUCCAUCGUCAUCUCCGGAGAGUGACUCCGAGGUGACGCUUUUGGAUAUCGACGAGGGCAUGUUGCGGUCGAAAUACCUCGCCGAGGCCGAGCGCGAGAACUUCUCCUGGACGUACAAGCUGCAGAGCGCCGUUUCGUCCUUUCUGCAAGACAUCGCCAGCCACUUUACCGGGCACAUUGACCUGAAGCACCUGGGCGCGAAAGUGGGGGAACUACUGGCCCCCACGUGGUCCUCGGAAGAGAAGGAAGACAACGAGUCACUCACCGACGAGCUGGCGAAGACGUACCACGGGGUGUUCAGCGAGAGCCACAAGACCACACCGCUGACGGACAAGCGCGACGCCACGUCGCAGCAUUUGGGCACGAUCUUCGUGGGGAGGCAGCAGCAGCGGCUCAACGUCAUUUUCGACUCGGGAUCCACAAACUUGUGGCUCGCAGCUGCGUAUAGAUACGAUUGUUCUCAAUGAUUUUUGGUCUGAUGCGAGGUCGAAUCAUGUUUAAUUUUAUUUGCGGACCGGUUCCGCCUUGCAUUAUUUUUUUCUUCUCACCAGCUGUGGCUGCAAAAUGAGAGGGAAAACUUUGAAAAUUAAAAAAACUUAACAGCGAGUGCGACAGCGUUCGGUGCCAGGAAAACAAGGAGACCCUGUACGACAUUCACAAGUCGGGCAAGGAGGCGACCGACCUGUGCAGUGUCGACCGGCAGGCGUGCAACUCGAUCCGCAUCGAAUUUGGCUCUGGUUCGCUCGGGGGGCCCCUGGGCACGGACACGCUUUACCUGGCGGGGCACAAGAUCGAAAACCAGCGGUUCGCGCUGAUCCACGAGGAGAGCGGCUCGGUGUUUGACUCGCUGAAGUACGGCGGCAUCAUGGGCCUUGCGUUCGAGGACAUGAGCUCGCCCCGGCUGAAGUCGGUGAUCACCAACGCGAUCGCCAACAACGUGUUCCAGGGGCAGAACAUCAUGGCCUUCUACUUCACGAAGAACCCGAACAUUCGGUCCGGCGCCUACUUUGGGGGUGUCAACCCGAGGGUGUACCACGGCGUGCCGGUCUGCUUGGACGUGCAGAAGGAGCAUUACUGGCAAACCGGGCUGAAGCGGAUGGGCUUCCGGUUCGGGCCCCACGGGAAAACCAGCUGGGUCACGCAUCCCGUGGGCGGCGAUCCACCGAAAAGCAUCUUCUGGGACACAGGUUUUUGUUUUUUGAUUUUGUGCAUUUGAUGUUGCGAUGCAGCAAUUCCAAUAAUUUAUUUCGAAAACAAACAAUAAAGCCCUUCUCGUAUCACGGCAGAAAAAAACGACAAAAACUUUCAAAUUUAAACGACAAGGUACUACCUGGAAUGGCGGCCCGACUUACAUGACGCGACACAAUCUGGAUUUCUUGCACGCAAACGGUGGUUGGAAUUCCGUGGAGUGUUCGAAGCUACACGUCAAGACCGGCACAGAGAAGAUCCCUUACCUGGUUCUGGACUUGUGUAUGGACACGGAUUGCGAAGAUAUCUACCGCGUCGUGCAGGUAUUAUCCGCGUGAGUUCAACACUUUAUGCUGAUACAAUGCGAAAGCGAAAGAGUUUAGGUGGAAGCCUGGAAGGAGUUUUUGCUUACCUAGACCACAACAAAUAAAUCAAAAGUCAGCAUUUCGAUUUCGCCAGUGCGAAGGAAGUUGUCGUGCUUUUUAUCAAAAGGAGAACUAAAGAAUUUCGUUUGCGACUUUCCUAAAAACAUCAUUCAGCCUCCGGAGCAGUGGUACGUGGGCGGCGGCGGCGGGCUGUGCAAGCCCGCUUUCAUGUCCAUCGACGUACCUCCGCCGUACGGGCCCGACAUUUUUGUGACCGGGGAGAUCUUCAUGCGGUCGUUCUUCACGAUUUUCGACCGGGGUUCGGAAAACGGGAAGCAGUCCCGUGUGUGCAUCGCGAAGAACAAAACGCCAAAGGAGCUGAGCGAAGCGGACUACGAACAGGCCACGGAACUGUCCAGUCCGCGGGUGGUGCACCGGGUUUUCGAGACGAGGCACCGCCCGGACGAGCCCUACGGCAAGGAUGCGGAUCGGGAUGGAUAA